AUGGCUAAGAUGUGGGAAUUUGACGCCUUCAGUGACGAAGGAGACGAAGACUUCGCUUCGUACGUGGAAAGAUUUGGGCACUAUUGCAAGGUAGCCAACGUGCAAGACGAAGAACUUAAGAAGUCAGCCUUCAUCACAGCCAUAGGGAAGAAAGUGUACAAGACGCUCAAAGAUUUGCUUCUACCGUCAAAGCCGGAAGAGAAGUCAUUCAAAGAUUUGGUGAAGGUACUGAGCGAACACUACGGGCCUACAAGCCAAGUCAUUGCGGAGCGCUUCAAAUUUAACCGGCGCUACCAAGGGGAAGGGGAGUCCGUCGCAGUUUUUGCAGUCGCGCUGAAGCACAUGGCUGCGAAAUGCGAGUCCGGCCAGUUUCUCGACGACGCGUUGCGGGACCGGUUCGUCGCGGGACUGCGGAACCCAGCCAUCCAGACAGGAUUGCUAAAGAAAAAGGAGCUGACGUUCGAGACGGCGUGUGAGUUCGCCAAGAGCGUCGAAUUGGCCGAGCGAGAGUCUAGGGCUUCCGACCAGUUGCUGGAACAGACGCCGAAAACAUGA